AAACGUCAAAAGUAUCAACAUAACCAAACAAAUAUUAUUUCCUCAAGCUUCAAUUACAAAUGAUACUUUUAGUUAGUACGCAAUAUUAUUGAUAUAAAAAAUGGAUCGUGAAGAGAUAAAAACAUUUUUCGAAGACAUAUUAAAAACAGAAACCGAUGUCUCUGCUGGAAUGGCUGCAAUUCGAACACUAUUAAAAGUUCUGGAAUGUUAUAAUAGUGAAACCGUACAGGAACUGCAUGCUUCUCUACAAUCUGCUGUUGAAAUAAUGAGGAGUACCGAUCAACCAGUAACAGCAGUUGCUUCAGGCUGCGAACUAUUCUUGAGGUUCAUUACAUUAGCUAAACUAGAUCAGGAAACCUUUGCCGAAUGCAAACAAGUCAUGUUACAUCGAGGAAAAUUAUUCUUAAAGAAACUAGUCGAAGCGAGAGGUAUCAUAGCAAAACUAGCUUCACAGUUUAUAACCGAUGGCUGUGCAGUUUUAACACACUCCAGAUCAAGGGUUGUGCUCGAAACAUUGAAAGAAGCAGCCAAAAGUAAACAUUUUCAUGUGUUUGUUACAAACUCAGCACCUGAUAAUAGCGGUGAAGUGAUGUGUAAAAAUUUAGAAUGCGAAGGUAUACAAUGCACACUUAUUUUGGAUUCCGCUAUUGGCUGUAUUAUGGAGCAAAUCGAUAUAGUUAUGGUUGGAGCCGAAGGUGUAGUGGAGAGUGGUGGAAUUAUUAAUAAAGUUGGAAGUUAUACUAUGGCAUUGUGUGCUAGGGAAAUGAAGAAACCAUUUUAUGUACUUACUGAAAGCUUUAAAUUUUCUAGAUUAUAUCCGCUUAGCCAACAAGAUGUGCCUGCAGAAUUUAAAUACACUACAACAACACGCAUACAAAAGAAUUUAAGUCAUGAGCACCCUCUUGUAGAUUAUACACCACCAGCAUAUAUAUCAUUGUUAUUUACAGAUUUAGGUAUAUUAACUCCAUCAGCAGUUAGCGAUGAAUUAAUUAAAUUAUAUUUAUAGUUUAUCAAUAAAUAUAGUAGAAAAAAAU